AGAUAAAAGAUAACCAGAUGAACAUUCAAUCACAGACGAGAAUAAAUCGCGAAUUUACCUGAUUACUUGCGAAAAUUUCUUCAAAACCUCCUACCACAAUUUCACAAAGACAAAGUAAAAAGUGACACAACUUGUGACUUUUAUGCGUGAAUCGGUUUCUCUGGGAACCCCAGUUUCAGAGGUUCGAGAACGAGAAUCGAGAUGAAAAUCGUUGCGUUCGGAAAUCCGUUGUUGGAUACGACGAUAUUUAUCGAAAACGGAAUUCUGUUCGAAAAAUAUAACUUAGAAGAGGACGGUCAGAAAGAAAUCUCCGAAAAUGAAAUGGAAAAUCUCAACAGAGAUAUAUCAGGAAGUACCCAAUACAACACAGCUGGCGGAUGUGCCCAAAAUUCUCUAAGAGUAUUGCAGUGGCUGACCAAGAAACAGUGUGAAGCGACAAUUUUUGGGUCAGUAGGAAAUGACAAGGAAGCAGUUCUUCUGAAAAAACUGUUGCACGAUGAUGGAGUUGAAACACGAUAUAUUGUACAAAAUAAUUUGAGAACAGGCAAGACAAUCGCACUUAUUAAAGGCCAGAGCAGAUCUCUGGUAGCUUAUAUAGGAGCAGCUGAAAAGCUUCCCUUGGAGGACCUUCUCGCCAACAAAAACUUUCACGCUAAAGUGAAAUCUUGCGAUUUGGUUUAUAUCGAAGGGUUUUUUCUCACAAACCGAACCGAAACGGCAAGAUACAUCCUGGAUUUUUGCAACAGGCAAAACUUAAUAGUAGCAUUCAAUAUUUCUGGGGAAUACAUAUGUGAUUUGCUGCCUGACACUGUGAGACACUGCAUCGAACAUUCUGACAUCGUUUUUGGAAACAAAAGGGAGUUUGAGGCUAUCAGAAAGGUUAUGAAGUUGGACAGUAUCGAAGAUCUGACAAGCCGUUUGACUAAAAACGGUCUAGGCAGAAUAAAGGAGCACGGAAACAUAAUAGUAAUCACAGACGGUCCAAAAAGUGGGACUUGUGUUUCUAGAGAACGUGCGUUCAAGUUUGAAGUACCGAAAAUUCUUGAACAUGAGUUCAGAGACACGACUGGCGCCGGAGACGCAUUUACGGGAGGGUUUAUAGCGGGUUUUUGUAGUAAUAAAGGCUUGUCAGAGUGCGCUAGAAUAGGCUGCUAUGCAGCUAACCAGAUCAUCAGGCAAGUGGGAUGUUCCUUGCCUGAGUUUACGCCAAAUAUACUCGAUUUCAGUAAUAGUUCCAGUUAAUGUAAUCCUUUAGAUGCAUUUAUUUAUUAUAACUCAGUUGUUCAAGUGA